AUGACUACACUUUCACAAGCCUCGAAGGGUACAAUAGGAGCUCUUCAGGAUGCUAAAAAGUGGGCACUAACAGUAGGCGAGGCGGUCGCCGGAUCAAGAGGAGCCAUUUCGGUCCUCGAAAACUUAUUCACAGGGCUUCCGAUUGCGGGUCCAAUCACUCAGGUCUUGGGAAUAGCCGCCGAUGUUGCUAUUUUGACCGUGGAGCGUGCAGGCAAGGAGGCAGAAGUGAGAGACCUUGUCCCUCGAUGCCAGGCCAUAGCCAGAGAUGUUGUACGAGCGCUAUUCUUCUCUUUGGAUUUUGCGGCUGUUGAGGAUAGUGUCGUAGAGAAGCUUUUCCUUACCCUGCAGAAAUGCUGCAAUGUUGCUCGAUCUGCAGAGCAAUUCGUCAUGGAAUCAAAGAUUCUGCAAUACCUCGCUGUAGAAGAUGUUUCCACACUUCUGCUCGACGUCAAAGAUAUUGAGGCACAGGUUACAUCUCUUCGAAUCCUUCAAUAUGCACAAGAGAACCACGCCAGAGGCCAACGCCUGCAAGAAACACAGGAAAUUGUUGUAAGACAAGCGUUAAAAGAGGCCUUCCGACCGGCUCUGAUUGUACCACCAGUAAGUUGUUCUGCAACCAUGGACUUCAGUGAAGUCGCAGAUACACCAGAAUCCGGGCUGAAGAAGAUGCUUUUUGACGAUAGAUCCACGUCAGGCCUUGUUGCGGUUGUAGGGAUGACAGGCGUUGGUAAGACCACUAUGUUGUCGUCAAUCGUUAAGGAGCCCAGUGUUCGCCGGUAUUUUGAUGGUGGAAUAUAUGAAAUGCGAAUCGGAGGUCAGUGCAGCUUCGACAAACUGAAACUGGAGCUAGUCAAAGCUAUACAUCGAUCUGGCGGUAAAGUGACGUCCGAAAAGCUUGCUGGCUUUAGUUCUUUAUACGACGCUAUUGACCUUGCAAGAGAAUGGUUUUUUGGGCACCGCUGUCUUUUCGUUUGGGAUGACAUUGAAUCUUCCCCAGACGCGCUGACUGGGUAUGUUCGCGAGUUGCGUAGUAUUCUGGACCUUAUCGUAGGGUCAAGGGCAUUGUUCUCUACACGUGACAGCACGUUGGCAAACAAUCUGGCAAACCCCAGGGACAUCGUCCAGGUGGUUCCGAGAUCCUCCGAUGUAUCCGAGAGGAUUUUUUACAGUCACGCCGCAAUACCAGAUUCAGAAGUAGCAGCUUUGAAGAGUUCUCCUUCUCGUCCAUCAUUCGUCUUUCUCAAAGACGUUCUGGCAAUACUUCAGGAAUGUGCCGGAUUGCCUCUGCAUCUUGCUGUGUGCGGGAAGGCGAUAGCCUUGACACGUGCAGGCGGCUGCGCAAGACCCCUCCACGCUUGCAAGAAGUUCUUACAUGAUGGGGAGGAAAUUGCUAGCCUCCGAAACGAGGCGCUCACGACUUCUUUCAUGGACACUUACGCUGGAUUCGAAGCAACGGUAGACCGUGACCUGGCGCUUUGCAAAGUCAUUCUUGUCAAUGAGCAGCUUGAAUCUGCAGUCGCGGAAAACGUUUACUUCGGGCUCUGUGCUAUAAGAAAAGACCAAUGGAUCUCAGAGGGCAUCGCAGCAAGGAUUUGGGGGCUCACACGGGUUUCUUCUCUUUCCGUCCUAGCUGCAAUGAGAAGAUAUAAUCUACUUGAGACGCGAGAACAUGACGGUGAAGUGCAGUUCAGAAUUCACGGUUUGUUACAUGCGUACUGCGAAAAAAAGUCCAAAAAGAGUGUGGAAAGACCACCUUGGUUCUGGCACCAAACGCUACUGAACUCAUAUAUGAACAACACCAAAGAAAAGCAACGAGAAUGGUGGGAUUGUAAGACUCUUGAUGAUGGCUAUCUUCGCCAAAGCCUGAUAUACCACCUUGUGAAAGGAAAACUUUACAGAGAACUAGGAGAACUGCUUCUCGAUUGUCGUUGGGUGCAGCGGCGUUUGCAGAAAACAGCGAAGGUGACCUGCGAAGAGUUGCGUCUUUUGCAACUGGAUUAUGAAACACUGAAGAGUUUGUCCGUUAGAGAAGAUGUUUCCGAAAUGAUUACAAUUUCCCAAGUCACGAUCGAGGACCUUGCACUUGCGCUAUCCUACAUAUCGCAAGCUAUUCGACUAGCUCGAUCAAGUAUCAUGCAGAACCCUCAAGAAUACGGAUUUCAGAUCUGCACCCGCCUUGUCCAUGUUCAAAACAUGAGUUCCGUGAGGCUGUUUUUGGAAAGUUGGAAGAAGCAUGCGAGACGUCCCCUAGCGCGUAGCGUCCGCCAAAGUCUUACUCUGGCGGGACAGUCCCUGGUUCAAUCCGUUGCUAUCGGCUGGGUUAUCAAGUCGGUCGCUUAUAUACCGAACACUGAACUGGUGUUGGCUGUGGGACAACGUGGCGCAGUUCUGGUUGAUCUGGAGAAGGGUGCAAUUGAGAACGUGUUGUCCACUUGUGAAUACGGAAAAGAGGUCAUUGAGUCUGUAGAAGUGAAUGAAGGGGGCUCACAUGCCAUAUUUGGAUGGGCAGAUGGCACCAUUGAUUUGUGGAAUUUGCGUUUGUUAAAGUUUGUUAAAAGUUAUGCGUUUCCGGGUCUUCUGUCUUUGGCUUUUACAGCAGACGGAAAAGAAAUUGUUGUAGGUUCUGAAGACGGAGAUGUGCAUCUCUUGGAUCUGAAAAGUGGUCGACCAGCAAGGGGUCCUUUUCAUGGACACUCAAAACGUGUGACAAAUGUGGCGACUGGUUCGGAUUGUCGCUUAAUUGCAUCUGGGUCAGACGACCACACAGUGCGAAUAUGGGACAAGACCGGGACUACAGCACUCAGAGUCAUAAAGAUGCCGAACCGCUGGAUUCGGUGCGUCGCAUGGACUUCUGACAUGAAGCGUAUUGUGGCCGGAACGGAGCAAAACGAUAUUUGGGUCUGCGACGCAGACGCAGUCAUGCCACCCACAGUAAUCAAGGCAAGCAAUUGGAUUAAUUCCGUACGAGUAACCAGAAAUUCCCAGAUGAUAGUAUCCGCAUCUCAUGAUGGGACAGUACAACUGUGGGAUCUGGUAAGGAAUGUACAACUUGGAGAACCGCUGCGCGGACAUUUAGAACUCGUCACCAGUGUUUCCAUUGACUCAGAGGAGAAACACGUUGUAUCCAGUUCAUAUGAUGGCACUCUGAAGCAAUGGAGAUUAAAGCCGAAUAUUGCAAAGCCAAGCGGCCAUGCUCGCGGAAUAUCUUGUCUGGCAAUUAACUUCAGAUCGAAUAUGGCCGCGAGUGGUUCUUACGACCAGAAAGUUAAGUUAUUUGAUCUUACGAGCGGUGAGACCCUGCAUAACGGGAUACUUGUUGGCCCUAGCAGCCAUGUCCAAAGUGUGGCAUUCUCCCCAAAUGGAGGUCUGCUAGCCUGUGGUCAUCGAAAUGGUACAAUUGCAGUUUGGGAUACCCCUUCCGCUGGAUUGGUCCAUGAAAUAAUCCGCGGACACCGCAGUGGUGUCCGUUGCCUCUCCUUUAGCCCUGAUGGAAGAUUUCUGGCGAGCGGUAGUGAGGACAAGACGGUGAAGAUAUGGGAUUGCCGCGAUCCCAGUGGGAGCGACCCGCUUUUGCUCCUGGGUCACAAAAAUUGGGUUGUUUGCGUCUGCUAUAUUGAGACCGGGCAAUUUCUAGUGUCUGGGUCUUUUGAUCGCACGGUGCGCAUCUGGAAUUCAGCAAGCGGUGACUGCGUUGAACAGCCGUUGCGAAUACAAGAUAUGCCCGUCCGCUUAAAGUUUUCCGAGCACGACUCCAUGUUAACCGCGACGUUACGCAACUCAAAGUCCCAAUCAUGGCACGUGGGAAGCGAAAGGAAUACCGAGAAUUUUGCUACCAGUAGACCUCCAGAUCCAGAUAGCGAGAUAGAGCAUGGCAAGUUAUCGCUUCAGCGAGAAAGUUCGAGAAUCUCAACAUUUGGUGGUCGUGACCCGUUUGUGCAUCUCGAUUACGAUGCAUCAUGCGAGCCUUUGUACGAUAACAAACAUCAUCGUCUUUGGGCAGGGCUGCAUGACGGCACUGUUGCCGCCAUUGAACUUUUAGAGUAGCAAUCUUCUCACUGGCGGUGUUGUGACGAACCUACAGUACUGUACAUCAGAUGAAAUAUUCAGAAAAGAAAAAUACAACGAGCACUCUUGUUUA